AUGUGGGGUGAUCCAGACUGCUCACCAUGCCCCUCCGAUGAUGACAGUGUUGAUUCGGAAUUGGAGGCUGCACUUUAUGCAUGCGUUUAUCACGCCCCACAGGAUAUCGAGCAGCAACAGGAUGGUGCUGACAAAAGUUGGGAGGAUGCUUCAACCGUUGAUCUGGUGAGCGACUCGGAGCGUUCAGUUCAGAUACUAGAUUCUUCGGGCGACGAAAGUGUGGUCUGCUGCUCCAGCAGCUCCUCUGACAUGAGCUUGGACAUGUCUAACUUGCAGGGAUACUCGCCGAAUUUGAAUACUUAUUCACCUAACGUCUCGUGUACCGAUUUCAAAUUCGACGAAACUGCCUCUCCUCUUCUGACUAUGUCGGUACCUCAGAUACUGUCUCUUUUACCUGAUGAUCCAAAUCUCUGGCGGAUCGAUUUAAGGGACAAAAUGGGUUCUCGGUACCGCUACUAUGACUCAAACGAUCGGAGCAAAUUUGGGAACAGGAUUCAUUAUGACAGGUUUAUCCGGCGACUACGUGCUUUUGAUCUCGAUGUGGGAUGUGUUUGUUACAUAUGCGGCAGCAGCUCUCACACUGGAAGGUUCUGCCCGGAUAAAGCUUGUCUGAUAUGCUUUUCAUUUGGGCACUUCACUGACGAUUGCCCGAUCAGCAAGAAGGCAUUGUGUCAGUUUCGUUGCAAACGAUGCAAAAUCCUUGGUCACGAGGAUACGGUAUGUCUUUAG